AUGCCUUCAUCCACCAUCUUGAUCACCGGAGCCACCGGCUUCAUUGGCGCCCACGUCGUCCGAGACUCCCUCGAGGCUGGCUACACCGUCCGCUUAAGCAUCCGGCGCGCCAAGCAGGCCACCCAGCUGCGCCAGCUCUUCCCGCAGUACGCGGGCCAGCUGGACUUUGUCGUUGUCCCGGACAUCACCGAGAACGGGGCGUUCGAUGAUGCGCUGCAAGGUGUGACGUUUGUCUUCCAUCUGGCAUCGCCAAUGGGGACCCCGGGAGAUCAGAUUGCACCCGCCGUGCAAGGCACGCUAUCCUUGCUCGAAUCCGCCGCGAAGCAGCCGUCGAUCCGGAAGGUCGUGAUCACCGCAUCCGUCCUGUCAUUCAUGCCGCUGGACUUGGAGCGGAAGCCGACGGUCAUCAAAGAGUGCGACGCGCCUACCCUCACUCUAGGUCCGACACAGCUAGCUUCUCUGGAUCCUAUCUCUCAAUAUCACGCCAGCAAGAUCGCGUCGUACGAUGCGACGGCCAAGUUCUUCGGCGCGCCACCCACAUUUCACGAUUAUUAA